UCAGUCAUAUUCACCUUUUAAUGGAUAAUAACCGCUAUCGUGACCAGAGGAAUGGAGGAGGCGGACGUGGAGGAGGCUAUGAUCGACGUGGUCCAUCGCAGCAUAACAACGAUAAUCGCGGCGGGGGAGGUCGUAAUAACUAUGAUGGAGGGAAUCGCGGAAAUGGUUAUGGUGGUGGUGGUGGGGGAGGGGGAGGUGGUGGUGGAGGUCGUUACAAUGGAAAUCAUAAUAACGGAUAUAACGAUCGAAAGCGAAGUGGUGGUGAUUAUGGUGGUGGCGGCCGUGAUUACGAGCCAAGACCUUCUAAACAAAAUUAUCAGCCUAAACAGGAAGAGAAGAUUCCACUUUGCCAAUUGGAAAUUGAUAUUGAGGGGAUUGUUGAUGGAAAAGAUGGAAAAUUUAAUUAUAAGAAUAUUUCUGACGGAACUGUUGCUUCUUUAAAGAGGUUAAUUAUUACUGGAAGAGUUGAACAUUCUGAGCCAAUCCGAAAUGACAUGGCUAUGUUUGUUGGGACUAUGGGAGUUUUCUUUAAAAAAGCGAAUAUUUAUAAUUCUGUGACUGUUCUGCUGAAUGAUGCAGAAACUAUAGGCAAAAUGAAAUCUCUUACUACGGCUUUACUUUCUGGAUGUGAAUUGUUAAAAAUCGGAUUUGUGCAAUUAAAUCUUCUUGAACUGUCUGCUUUGGAUCGCAUUCCUGAACUUCAUGUUAUGCUGACAAGUGCCAAUUCUAUUUUAGAUUUUGGUUCAAUUGGAAUGAAGAAAUUAUUUGGAUGGUUGCAUGGAAAGGCUAAAAAAGGGCCAAGAAAGUUGUAUUGUGAAAUUCGUGAUCCUAAUUUUGCUCGUUUGUUUGUGCACGCAUUAAAAACUAAUAAGAAGGAUGCAAAUUAUGUAAUUUUGAUUGCCUGUCCGGAACUUAAACUUCAUGAAUUUGAAUUGGAAAUUGGUGGAAAGAGUACAAUUAAAAUUACUUCUGGACAGCAUCAUCAAUAUUUUAUUUGCAAACAUCCAAUUGAUAAGCCAAUACAAAAUCCUCAAGGAUUAAUUUCUGAACGUACCAAAGAGUUGCCAGAAAUUAUUUUUGCUUACAAAAAAGGUUAA